ACAACAGUUCACGCUCCCCGCACUCCACGCUAUCUGUGGCGGCAACAGUACCCCCUCCAAGCGUUCACCGGUGCACGCUCCCUCCUCCUCAACCGCGCGUGUAGCUUCUCUCUCACACUACAUGGAGAGUGAGUGCCGGGAGACGCUACCAUUGGCAGGCGCCGCUCUCCCUCUCUCCACUCCCGCGCGUGAAGACUCCAGAGGUGCCGAGUUGCUCGGUGCGACUCCUUCGUCGCCGUCCACGGAAGCGGAGGCCGGCGACCAACCUCCCCGCGCGGCGAAGGGUACAGGCGGCCGGAUCCGUUGGGCCUCACGCGAGGAGAGCCACGCGAACGGAUUCGACGACCGAGGAGUCCGGAUCGAAGCUCCCACUGGCCGACUUCAUCGCCGCCGCCGCCGUUCAACCCUGUCCGCCGGCGAUUCAACGAGGCUCCUUCCCCGGCUGGGUGUCCGCCGAUCCAGAACUCGAGCUCCCGUCCAUCGAUCUGCUUCUUCCGAUCUGCACAUCUACCGUUUCCCCCUCAUGGUCCUCCACACACAUCAGCUCCUCAAGGAAUGCCCCCCUAUGUGGAAUCCACAGUACUGGCAGCCUAAUCCCUACGACUUUCCUAGUGGAUCUAAUAUCCAAUUUAGCAGCAGCCACCUUACAAUUCCCAGUUUAUCACAACAACAAAAUGAAGUAGGAGGUUUUGCAAAUAGGGGCCCAUGGAAUCAUUUCGUUGGUAUGAUGAAUCCUAGUUAUCCUUGCCCACCUCCCCCGCUUGCUGCUGGCCAAAUGCAACCACCUAGCCAUUUUGUCACACUGCCUAACAACUCUUCGAACCCUAUGGACCCAAUAUUUUUGGAGUCCGAGGCAGAGCACAGCGCACAGGAGGUUAACAGCCCCAGCAAAGAAGGUGGUACACCUGGUAAAGGGAAGAAAAUGAAAGAACAAAACUUUACGCCAGAAGAGGAUUUGUUGCUAUGCACAACUUGGCUAGAAAUUAGUUGUGAUCCAGUAAUUAGCACUGGCCAGAGGAAGGAAGGACUUUGGGCAAGAAUUGAUAAACGGUAUAACGAAAUGAGAGGUGAGUAUCCUAAGAGAGUUAUCAGGGCUUUAACAAGUCGAUGGGACAAAAUUAAGGCUGAUUGUGGGAAGUAUGCUUCGUUGUAUGCAAGAGUCCUCAGGGAAAAUCAAAGUGGUUUAACUGAUUAUGAUAAGACUUCAAUGGCUACCACACUGUUUACAACCGAAAAUAAGAGAGGGUUCCCCUUCAUGCAUUGUUGGACUAAACUCAAGAACGAACCCAAAUGGCAAGCUAUUGUUCAAGGCACUUCACUACGAGGGGCAGCAGGGAUGUCACCGGUUGGCAGUGCCACACCAACUGCAAGUGUAAACGAUUUGGAUAGCGAUUCUCUAGGUUUAACUGGGAAAAGGCCAUUAGGCCGAGACUCCACAAAGGCAUCAAGGAAGAAGGCCAUGUCCACGUCGUCCCAGUCCAUGAAGUAUUUGACCAGAAUUCAUGACCUGCAAAUGGCCCGGUUGAAACAAAGUGAAGACAAAGUGGAGAAGAAAGAAGCACAUUAUGAGGUUUUCAAGGAUCUCGAAUAUAAGAAGCUGCAAGUUCAACAAGAACAAAUUGAAGUGGAGAAAACAAAACUGAAGUUUCAAGAACGCAAAGAGAAGAACGAUGAGUUGAAGGAAGCAAUGGCUGUGGAUUUGGAGGACAUAGCCGAAGAUUUGAGGCCUGCUUUCAUAGCAAAGAGGAAAGCACUUGUGGACUGGUUUGUCAACAAUCCAAACUGAGUUGUUCGUUUAGUGAAAAUUGUGGACCACGGUUUUCACUAGUUGAGUUUCUGUUUUAGUAAUGCGUGCUGUAAUAAUCACAUUUUUUGAAGUGUGACUUUGGACUGCGUUAGUGUCUUCAUUUCAGUUGAAGAACUCAAGAUUAUGUUAUGUUUGUAAACUUAUUCUCGUCACUUAUGGUUAUGAAUUGUCAGUUUGAACUUGUCCA